ACUCGACGCAUCUCGUGGUAGUACGUCGGGGAUGUACGGUAGAAAAAACUCGUCUUCUCUGUUUCCUCCUCUUUAAACCCUAACAACUAAAACCCGGGCAGCUACGAACAGACACGUUCGAAGCAGCAUCUGUCUCCUCAGAGAGUUCGACGGAAAAUCCCGACGCGCUGGAAAUCUGACGCAAAACGCCAAAAAGCUCCAAACAAGGAUUUCCGCAUCGAUGGACCAAGAUCAGUCUCACAAGUCUCAUAGGUCACGCCAAGCAGGCCCCUCGGCGAAGAAAAAGGAAAAGGCCGAUCAGAAGAAGAGGGAUAUUUCCAAUGAAAAGAAGCACAACCCGAAGGCCUUUGCUUUUAGUUCAUCAGUGAAGGCCAAGCGUUUGCAAUCACGCGCAUCAGAGAAAGAGCAACGCAAGCUUCAUAUGCCAACAAUAGAUCGCUCAACUGGUGAACCUGCUCCAUAUGUCGUUGUAGUUCAUGGACCUCCAAAGGUCGGGAAAUCUCUAUUGAUAAAAUCUCUGGUAAAGCAUUACACUAAGCAUAAUAUAUCAGAUGUUCGGGGUCCAAUUACUGUUGUAUCAGGUAAGAACAGGCGUCUGCAGUUUGUGGAGUGCCCAAAUGAUAUUAAUGGCAUGAUUGAUGCAGCGAAGUUCGCUGAUCUUGCUUUGCUACUUAUUGAUGGAAGUUUUGGGUUUGAAAUGGAAACCUUUGAAUUUCUUAAUAUUUUGCAAAAUCAUGGAUUCCCGACAGUAAUGGGGGUGCUUACAAAACUGGAUACAUUCAAGGAUGCAAAGAAACUGAGAAAAGUUAAGAAGGACCUCAAGCAUAGGUUUUGGACAGAAUUAUAUGAUGGAGCUAAGCUUUUCUAUUUAUCUGGUCUUGUUCACGGGAGGUACCCCAAACGUGAAAUACAUAAUCUUGCAAGAUUCAUCUCUGUUAAGAAAUUUCGUCCUUCGUCUUGGUGUUCUUCACAUCCUUAUGUGUUGGUUGAUCGUUUCGAAGAUGUUACACCUCCUGAAAAAGUGCAUGCAAAUAAAAAAUGUGAUAGAAACAUAACAUUGUAUGGUUACCUUCGAGGUUGCAAUAUGAAGAAAGGCACCAAGGUGCAUAUUGCUGGUGCUGGUGAUUUCAGUUUGGCUGGUAUGACUAGCAUAGCUGAUCCUUGCCCUUUACCUUCAGCUGCCAAAAAAAAGGGACUGCGUGACAAGGAAAAGCUUUUCUAUGCUCCUAUGUCUGGUGUCGGGGAUCUUCUCUAUGAUAAGGAUGCUGUGUACAUAAAUAUAAAUGAUAAUCUGGUUCAAUUUUCUAAAGUAGAUGAUGAAAGUGGGGCUGCAGCAAGAAAAGGGAAGGACCGAGAUGUAGGCGAGGUACUAGUAAAAACGCUUCAGAAUACAAAAUACUCAAUUGAUGAAAAGUUGGAGCAGAGUUUCAUUAAUCUUUUCAGUAGGAAGCCUCCCACCAUGUUAGAAGAUAGAUAUGGUACAAAAGAUUCUCAUAUGAACGAUUGUGAAGAUGAACUUCUGAGUGGCAGCGAUCAAGAUCACAUUGAGCAUAUGGACUGCAUGGAAACUUCAGCGCAAGAAAAGGAUGGUGAAAAGGGUCCUAUUGGAGAAAGUGAAGAGGAUGAUUCUAAUGAAGAAAGUGAUAAUGCACUGGAGAAAAGGGAUGGAAAUGGUGAGCUGCUACCUCCUUUAAAAUCUGAUUUAAAGGAAGAAGCUGAGUUCCACGAUGGAAGGCUAAGGAGAAAAGCUGUCUUUUCAAGUGAUUUAGCUCUCAAUUCUCCGAAGGAUUCUGAGGAAGAUGAUGUGGAUAGUGUACAAUCCACAGGCUCAGAUAUUUCAGCAGAAAGUGAAGAUUACAAUAUCGAAGAAGAUGAUGGGAUGGGGAAUGCUUCAAAGUGGAAGGAAUCCUUGAUUGACAGAACAGUCUUGAAACAAAAUAUUAAUCUGAUGCAACUUGUGUAUGGACAAUCGGAACCAAAAUCGAGAACCGCUAAUCACAAAGCACAGGGUAGUAGUGAUAGUGAAGAUGAUGAAGAUGAUGAGUUCUUCAAGCCAAAAGGAGAGAACAAGAAAUUAAGCGAAAGAUCUGAUGCUGAUGAUGUCAAUGCUGAAGACUGCUCCAAAUUUGAAAACCAUGAAGAGUUGAAGGAUUGGUCAAAUAAAGACAUUAUAGAAAGUAUUCGUGAUCAUUUUGUCACAGGGGAUUGGUCAAAGGCCGCUCAUCAUGGUGGAGCGACAGAUGAUAAUGGAGAAGAUGAUGACUCUGUUUAUGGUGAUUUUGAAGACUUAGAAACAGGUGAGAAAUACGAGAGCCAUCAAUCUGGUGGGGAUGGAAAGAUCCCCGAAGGAGAUGAUGCAGAGGAGGAGAGGAGGCUCAAGAAGCUUGCUCGUCGUGCCAAAUUUGAUGCAGAAUAUGACGGGGAUGAACCGCCUGAUGAGGAAAUUGAUGAAAAGAAUGGGUCCAAGUUCCACAAAAAUCAAGCCCAUGAUAGUGACUACUUUGACAAGUUAAAAGAGGAGAUUGAACUUCGGAAACAGAGGAAUAUAGCCGAACUCAAUGAUUUGGAUGAGGCCACUCGAAUAGAGGUUGAUGGUUUCAGAACAGGGACUUACAUGAGGCUGGAGGUUCGUGAUGUUCCGUAUGAGAUGGUUGAACAUUUUGACCCUAGCCAUCCUAUUUUGGUUGGUGGCGUUGGUCUUGGGGAGGAAAAUGUUGGAUACAUGAAGGCCCAACUCAGGAAGCAUAGAUGGGAGAAGAAAGCGAAAUUGAAGAAUAGAGAUCCGAUUAUCAUUUCAAUUGGAUGGAGGCGUUAUGAGACCAUCCCUGUCUAUGUAACUGAAGAGCGCAGUGGGCGGCUCCGCAUGCUCAAAUACACCAAAGAGCACAUGCAUUGCCUUGCUAUGUUCUGGGGCCCCCUGGCACCUCCCUCCACAGGACUUGUUGCUUUCCAGAGUUUAUCAAAUAAUCAGCAAGGAUUUCGCAUUAUAGCAACAGGACAUGUGUUAGAGUGCAACCAUGCAGAACAUAUAGUCAAGAAGGUAAAAAUGGUUGGUUAUCCCUGCAAGAUCUUCAAAAAGACAGCAUUUAUCAAGGACAUGUUCACAUCAGAUCUGGAGAUAGCUAAGUUUGAAGGUGCAGCCAUUCGGACUGUCAGUGGAAUCCGGGGGCAGGUUAAGAAGGCUGCAAAGGAAGAGCUUGGCAACAAACCCAAAAGGAAAGGAGGUCAACAGAGAGAAGGGAUUGCCAGAUGCACAUUCGAGGAUAGAAUUCUGAUGAGCGACAUUGUUUUCUUAAACACAUAUGCUCCAGUGGAAGUCCCCUGCUACUUUAACCCAGUAACUACAGCUAUGCAACCUCAUGACAAGACCUGGAAAGGCAUGAAAACAGUGGCUGAGCUUAGGAGAGAACUCAAUCUUCGGAUCCCAGUCAACAAGGAUUCACUCUAUAAGCCUAUUGAACGGAAACCAAAGAAGUUCAAUCCAUUGGUGAUCCCAAAAUCACUACAAGCUGCUCUCCCAUUCGCUUCCAAGCCGAAGGAUCAGCCUCAUAGGAAACAGCCACUGCUCAAAAGCCGUCGGGCUGUUGUCAUGGAACCCCAUGAGCGGAAAGUCCAUGCCCUCGUCCAACACCUCCAGUUGAUCAGAAAUGAAAAGAUGAAGAAGCGGAAGCUCAAGGAUGAGGAGAAGAGGAAAGCACAUGAAGCGGAGAAGGCCAAGGCAGAGCAAUUGACGAGGAAGCGCCAAAGAGAAGAGCGGCGAGUGAGAUACCGUGAGGAAGAGAAGCAGAAGAGGAGAACCCGGAGAAAACUGUCUUAGUGAUCAUAUGAGUAUUCCAGCAGCAAUUAGGAACAUGUGCCUGACGGGACGAAGGUCCCAUAUAUCGCCAUUUUCUACCAUAGGCAAAUGAGGUUAGUUGUGUCAGAUCUGAUCCACAAAUUUUCAUGGCGAGACUGCAUGGAAGUCUGACAUUUGACUCGCACCUGUGGAUGGAUGAAACACCUAGGUUAUUUACUCUUUUUAUCCUAGGCAUUAAUGUAUUGUUUGUAGCUUAAUGCACGUAUUGGCUGCUGGGUAGGCUAAUGAGCUUCAAUAGCUUGUAUUCAUGUGGGGAAAACUUCUUUGUAACCAAAUAAUUUUCCAAUGGUUUUGGUGAUGCUUCUUUUUUCACAUAA